AUGGCGGCGCCGCCAUUUAUCGUUCCAACGCUCAGUCCAACCGGUGCCAUCUACUUUGCAGCAGUUGGGCAGAAUGCAACCGUACAGGAUAUCAUAACGGAACUCUCGGAGAUGGAAGAAGUCGUCGAGAGCGUGUUAGGUGACUUGCAAGCAGGCGGCUGGGGAGUACAAAAGAUCCGCAGGCCACCGGGUGAUGGGAGCGCUAUCAGUGACGACGAACUCAAACAAUACGGGAAUGGAUUACUCGCGAGUACAGAGCUUGUCAAGCCCCUUCUUGGACCGAGUAAACCACCCGCGAUGCAGCGACAUUUCUCUGCAUUCCCGUUGAGCUCUCAUCUUCAUACACCUCCGAUACGGCUGGUUUCACUUCAUCCACUCCUUCAUGUGACGCUGCGUUCCAUGCGAAUUCCCGACCUUGAAGACGACAUCGACAUCGAGUGGUUCCUUGCACGAACAACCACAGCAGAAGAAGUGGUCAACACGGUCACGGAAGAGCUAGGCCUACCCAAGGUCAUCUCUGGUCCCGGUGGCGGAACUGUGGACUAUGUCCUUGAAGAGGCAUGGAUCACUACAGAUGGGGAAGAAGUCACGACACGAGUGUCCAACUCUGCUAUUCUCUCUCAUGUACUUGAGACUCCCCUAAAGGCGUCGCCAUCAACCGGAGCACAGCGACAUAUACGGAUAUGUGUUCCUGAUGAGUGGUAUCGAAGAGCUAAAUCUCGCUCUCUCUCCCUUACACCCCUGGAAUCUGAUGGUCCACAGCAAGACACCUCUACACUAUCAGAGGAUGACAAUGAAGGAACAGAAAAGCAGCGGCCAAAGGCUAGUAGCGUGCAGAGAGUCUCGCAAGAUACUCAGCAAGCCAGACAAUCCAGCCGCUUCAGCUUAUUCGAGGGUUGGGGCACCAUAACAUCACCGCCUGCGUCCACAAGGCCACUCUCACAGGUUCUUACAGGAGAUAGGAGCAGUAUUAGUGUGCCAGUCGCUGUUUUGGAGAUUCAGAAGACGGGAUUGGGUAUCGACACCGACCAGGACGCCCUCGGCGAAGAGGCUGUUACAGCGGAAUUUGAAAGGAUGAUGGAUGAACUAGGCCUCAAAGAAGAUAGACGGGAGGCCAUGCGAUCAAUGCCCUUGGAGCGGAAAAAAUACCUUGUCCAUCAAAGUAGGCAAAGCAAGAUCAUGAUGGGAACGUCCACAAGUACGGCCCAAACGCCUGUCCAGACGUCUCCAGAGCCCACUCCUGCGCCGAUGUCCCCUCAAGUGACUGGUGGCCUGAUGAAGCGGUUCUCCAUUUGGGGGGGAUCUCCGACACCAGCUCCAGCACCGGCAUCGCCUUCAAACAAGGAGAUUGCAAGCGAACAGACUCCGAUUUCACCUCAGGUGACCGGAGGGCUAUGGGGAAGCUGGUGGCCAGCUACACCUAAGGAGUCUGGAGGUAACAAGGACACUGGCCGGACGCAAGCAAAGAGUGUCGAAUGGUUUGCAGACGGUCUCCGUAAUGGAAAAGCAAACGACAUGCGCCUGGCAAAGCAUCUCAUAUCCUUACGGGUUCAUCUUUCCACCGCCAAACUUCCCUGGAUCGAGAAAUUUUUGGACCAAGAAAAAGGAAUGGAUGCAUUGGCAGAGAUACUGUCAUCGUUGGUUGGCAAAAAGCGUAAGCCUACGGAAACUGAGGAACUCGUACUUUUGGAGACUAUCAAAUGCUUGCGAGUGCUACUUAAUACUUCUCCUGGAUACCCUCACGUUCUGAGGUCACCGACACUGAUCACGCACAUCACAUUCGCACUUCAUGACGCCGGUUUAAAGCUGCGAGCACUUGCAUGCGACUUGCUCGCUGCAAUAUGUGUGAUCUCUAUGAACGAAGGCCACCAAUUGGUAUUGGGAGCGCUCUCGGACUAUCGAGUUUCCUUCGAGGAACGUUUCAGGUUUGAGGAGCUCCUCUCAAUCCUCCGACUUGACGAGGACAUGAUAGCUGGGUCCGAGGAAGAAGGCAUAUGGGAAGCACGCGGCGCCACUCUGGGACUCUUAAUAGCCCUUACGAGCUGCUCAGACGUCUUGGAAGACCGCGUAAUGAUCAGGGAAGAGCUUUCGCGAAGAGGCCUCAAUGAAAUCAUGGUUGGCUUGCGGUAUAUCAAACCACCAGAUUCUCUUAUGAAGCAAUUAGAUGCAUAUGCUGAGGACAAAUACGAAGACGAGGAGGAUCUGCGCGAGCAGGCCCGAAGUGUCGGUGCGGUGCGGCCUAAUGGACAAGCAGAAGAUGGGACAACGUCACAGCUCCUUCAAUUACGGCAAUCAUAUCCAGAUCUCUUUCCGCAGAUUCAGGCGUUGCUUAAUGCUUGCGAGGCAAUUCUACAGCGGUAUAUAGAGUGGGACUUCAAACAAGAUAUCAUUGUUGCUUCGCGUAUUUUCCUCGAGCACAUUAGCCUGCUGGACAAAUUUGAUGACUGGGAACGUCUUCUGGCACAGUUUUCAUCGUCCAUACAGCAGAGUUUGCCCCAUCGGCUUCUGCAUUUAACCAACUCGGACUCGGUGGACGAUUUCAAACUGCAAAUAAAUGACUUAAGACAACGGAUAUCGAGCCUUGAGGCAGAGCUGACAACAAGAGAUUCAGAGAUAGCUUCACUUCGAUCUGCCAAUAAUCAGGACCCACCAGCUCGACAAUCUGGCAAAGCCAUAUCAGGAGAUGUUCGAGGGUUCGUCGAGCGACUACGCCAAAAGGAGAAGCAAGUAGCGCAGCUACAGACAGAGCUGGCUUCGCUAAAGUCAUCUACACCAUCAGAGGCAGACGAGCAAGCCAAGCGCGAACGUGAACGCGCCAAACUGACCAAGCUGACGGAAGAGUUGGGCAUAGCAAGAGCAAAGAUUACCGAACUUGAGGAUACCGUAACAGCAAAGAACAAGGAGGUUCUUUACCUCAAGCGCGCUUUGGAAUCUGUCUACUCGCGAUUCAAUGCGACAAACUCUUCUAAUACUGCAGAAUCUACAAGUAACAAUCCGGAAGUCGACGUCCAAGUAAUGGCCAACCACACGAUCGAGGGACUGGCUAAAAAGGAAGAAGAAAUUAAAGCCCUGAACGAUGCCAUCGACAAGCUCAAAUCCGAAUUGUCUGAAAAGCAGGCCAAUCCUCUCGAAGUGGCGACACUCGAGAAGCAGUUCAAGGCUCGUGUUGCUCCUCCACCUCCUCCACCUACUAAACCAAAGAAACCUGUGAACAAUCCCCCAUCAGUUCCAGUUCACAGUGUGCCGAGCGAGACGACAGAAGCCGCUCCCGUUCCAUUACCGCCGCCACCUCCACCCCCUAUGCCACCUGCUCAGUCGUACGCAAAUGUCCCUCCGGCCCCUCCACCUCCUCCUGCCCCUAUGCCACCUCCUUUACCGCCUCCUAUGGCCACAACUCCCACUGGAAUUUCAAUCCCCCCUCCACCACCCCCCGCGCCAGGGUUGCCUGGAGUGCCUGCUCCGCCCCCUCCACCCCCACCCAUGUCAUUGGGCAACGCUAGCAUACCGCCACCACCCCCUCCCUUUGCCAUGGGAAACAUUGGACGCCCAACAACUGCGAAGCCGCCGGGAAAGAAGCUCAAGCCGUUUUUCUGGAACAAGCUUGCACCUGUCCAGCUACAAUCGACUGUUUGGACGGAAAUUGAUGCGACACUCGCGACUAUCGACACAAAGGAACUUGAAGAUAUCUUCUCCGUGGACAAUCAACCCCCUUCAAGACAAUCGAAACGAGAAAGCAAUAAACAACAGGCGCCAACUACUCUGUUGGAUAUUACUCGCGCCAAUAACAUUGCUAUCAUGCUAUCGCGGAUCAAAUUGAGCAAUCAAGAUAUUCGGCGCGCCCUGUCAAGCGUAGACGACAGCAAGCUGUCGGUUGAUGAUCUCCAAGCAAUUGCCAGGCAGCUACCGACAAACGAAGAAGCUACACGUUUGCGUGACUUUGGUGAUCUCAGCCGGUUAGCCAAUUCGGAUCAGUACUUUGGCGAGAUUAUGAAAGUACCACGUCUGGCUGAACGUCUCGAUUCCAUGAUUUACCGCCGUAAAUUGGAACUCGAUGUUGCAGAAAUUCAGCCAGAUCUGGAAAUGGUCCGCAAAGCAGCCACAGAGCUCAGAGAGUCAACCAAAUUCAAGACAGUUUUAAGCACCGUUUUGGCUGUCGGCAACGCGCUCAACGGUAACACAUUCCGAGGUGGUGCGCGUGGCUUUCAACUCGAGUCACUCCUCAAGCUAAAGGAGACGAAGACCGCAAAGACAGGCUCAGAAUGUCCAACACUACUGCAUUAUUUGGCAAAGAUUCUGAUGCGAUCAGAUGCCUCGCUUGUCAUGUUCAUGGAAGAUUUGCCUCACAUCGAGGCAGCCGCACGGAUAUCUGUUCACACACUCAGUCUAGGUAUCGAGAAAGUUAGUGAGGAGGUCUCGAUCCACAAGGAGAUUCCAUUGGAUGCCGAAGACGGCUUCAUCAGGGUCAUGGAACCAUUCGUCAAGAGAAUGCAACCGAUGGUGUCCUCUAUCAAAGCUGCAGGAGACUCUCUCAACACAGAGCUCAAGGGUCUCCUCGUGUACUUUGGCGAAGCAAGUAACGGAUCUGAGAGCACCAAACCAGAAGACUUUUUCAAUUUAGUCAUUUCAUUCUCAUCCGCGCUGCAGAAAGCGGCACUGGAGAUGCACGAAAAGGAGGAAACGAAGCGACCACCUCUCACCCCGUCUGUCUCGAUCGAAAGGACGGAAGAGGUGCAGGAGAAUACCGUCAAGGGGCCGAAUCCAAGAACCUCCAACAAUUACCUAUCGCCUCCGAGCUCUCAAGGACGAGCUGCCGGAAACCAGACAGUCGGACGUGGAGACGUCGAUCAGGCCAUUCGGAGCAUGCGCGAAGGUCAGCGCCGGGUGCGGCCAAAUCGCCCUCUCAGCAAGAUGUUCCUCGAUGGCACCAACUCCGGUGGACGGCCCGUCAGUCGUGCCUACGACUGA